AAGAGGAAGGGAUGAGAGUAUCGAUUCAAAUGGACAGAGCAAAUUAAAGGCAGCCCCAAUUUGAGCCAUUUUCUUUUAUUCCUAUGAGCUUUUGGAAAAGAAAAAAAAACCAAACCUCAUAAUAAGAAUAAAUACACACACAAUGCUCCAUGCAGAAACAGCAAAAGGGAACCCCAUAACUUGCUAUAUAUUAUACAUUUAUACAACCAAACCCUUCAGCCAUAUCGACCAUCGUCAUGUUCGGGCGACGAUUUCAUCGAAAACGAUCCUCCAAUGCCAUGUCGAUUGUCGAGCUUCUAGUGCACAUGGACUGCAAUGGAUGCGAGGAUCGGGUUCGAAGAGCGAUCUCUAAGAUAGAAGGAGUAGAUAGCUUGGAAAUAGACAUGGACAAACAGAAGGUGACUGUAACUGGAUAUGUAGAAGAACGAAAAGUACUAAAGAAGGUGAGAGGAACGGGGCGAAAAGCCGAGCUAUGGCCGUUCCCUUACGACAGUGAAUACUAUCCAUACGCGUCGCAAUACUACGACGAAUCGACGUAUGCGUCGACGUAUAAUUAUUACAGGCAUGGUUUUAAUGAAGGCGUCCAUGGAUACUUCCCAGAUCCUUUAUAUUCAACUGUUAGUGAUAACACUGUUCAUCUUUUUAGUGAAGAUAAUGUCCAUGCUUAUUGUAGUGUUAUGUGAUCCAUUAUUCCAUAUAAUCCCUAUGUGAGCUUCAUAAACGAACGAAUAUGUGGAGCGUAGGAUUUGAAAUGUCGUGAAUAUGCAUUAUACAUACAAAUCAGUUGAACUAUGCUCGUGUUGAUAGAUACUUACGUUAUUCAACAAUGAAAACGAGUUAAAUCUAUAAUGUCGGGUCCCGUCUCUCUUUAUUUA